AUGAACCACCAGGUGAACGUCGAGCUGGGAACCAUUCGGGCGUGUGGUAGUAUAACAACGAACCGUGGUACUUCGGAAGACACCGCAGAAAUAAAACCCCAUGCGGGUCCACCACAUGCGAUUAUCGUGAACCCACCAAAACUUCAAAAACAUACAACACCAGGUAUUCGCUGGUCGUCACCGACCCAACUACUAAUCCGGCCCUCAUUGGCUUAUCUAUGGGAGAGCGGACGGGAUCCCGAGUUUUCCAAUGGGUAUGGUCGUAUGUGA